AUGGUAGACCCGCCCCCCGUCCCCGUCCCCCAGGAGCAACAUUUUGGAGGGGCGGUUCAUUUGGGGCCGCAGCAGAAAGAGUGUCCCCCAGCUCCAGUGUGGGGAUAUAAAGGCAUCGCCAGCAGGAGGGGAAGCGAGAGGGGACGUGGAGAGCAGGCCUCAAAGAUGGAAGCGGCCCACCUGUUUGUCCUCCUGACUUUUCUCUUGGGCAGCCUGAGGGCAGGCCAAGGCCUUGAGGAGGGACUUGGCUCCAAAGAGCUCUUCGCCGAGGAACCCAAUGGGUAUCCAGAGAGACUCUUGGACUGGAUGCAGCAAGAAAACGAAGAGCACGUGAUCCAAAGCUCACCCGAGGAACAUCCGAUGGGCGGCCUUCUCCGCUCCCUGCUCCACGCUGUCCAAAGACCAGGCCGCAGCCCGUCCUUUCUCUUCCAGCCCCAAAGGUUCGGCCGCGAUGCCCGAAGCAGUCCCAGCGACGGCGGCCGGAUCAACCUCCGGGCUCGGGAUUCCAUGGCGCCCCAGUUUCUGAGCAUGGCUACGCCGCAGCGCUUUGGCAAGAAAAAAUGAAGCUGGACCCAAGGAGGCAAAAACCCACCAAGAACUAUUCCCAACCGGGUUCCGGCAAAUGGGAUCCAGGCUCCUUCUUGC